UAAAAUUUCAAACGUUCCUUCCUACCUUUUUUUUUUAUUUUUAUUAUUAUUAUUUUAUAUAUCUUCCUUUUUUCUUUUAUCUUUUUAUUAUUAUUGUCAAUAAUGUCUACUUCAUUAUGGUCAAACUCACACGAUAAUAUGACAUUGUCGUACAAAAAAAUCAUCAAACAUUUGGCUGCUCAAGCUCCUAAAGUAUAUGGUGACAUUCCUCCUAGAAAACAGAACAAGAAAAAGAAAAAGAAGAAGAAACAAGUGACUCAACCUCCAGUCAGUAUUCCAGCACCAGUAUCAAGACGAAUGUCACAUGUAGAAGAUUGGAUUGUUGUGGAUAGUAAAGAAAGUUUGCCCGAUGAAGAAGACUUGGUUCAACGGUCACCUUUACGGAAUUUUUUAUCCAUUGAUUUCUUAUCUGAUGUUUUACCAUUACAUACCCCUCCUGCUUCUCUUAGUGACCCAUCUUCACUUGAUCAACAAAACGAAAUAGCAGCAUUAGCAGACCGAUUGAAAGCAACUCGUAUACCCAGAACACCAACAAGCUUAGAUACAAGUCAACAAGUUGUUACUAAUAACAACCGACCUCCACUUGUUCGUCGUCACUCUAUAUCCACUACAACUAAUGCACAAACACCAUCCUUAUCAACUACAGCAUCAUGUGUCUUAUCUGAAGCAGGAAUAUCACCACCUGAUGAUCAUUUACAACAAGUACGCUGGGUUCAAACGAUCAGUAGAUUACGACGUUCACUUGCUUCAAUACGUAAAAAGAAACCAGAACAUUUGAUACCAAUGCCACCACCACCUCCCAAACCAGCCAAUCAGAGACGACGAUCGGAAGCUACAACACAACCUCGAUUCAAUGCGGAUACGAAUACUUAUAAACGGGAUACAAGAUACAAUUCUGAUCAUUUACGGAUGAUUGCUUGCGAAUUGAAUAUGAUGCGAAAUCGAAAAUUGAUUUCACCUUUACGACCUAGAGGUUUUUUGCCAAGACGCAAGGAUGUAGUUUACUUGGGCAAGGAUCGACGACGUUCACCUUUGAUGAAUGAAAUUUUUGUAGAUUUGUGAUUGUUUUAUACCAAUAUAUUUAUAUUUAUAUAUAUAGAUAUAUUAUUUUCUUUUUUUUUCUCUUAGUUGAUAGUCUAUUGUAGUUAAUAGUUUGAUUUACUCUUUUUGAAAUAAAGAAAACAGGAGAUAUCUCCAAGCCACUAUUAA